CAAGCUUUCUUGGUCUUUCCAGGUUCUUGAACUCACACAAGGUUUUGUACGUGAACUGCACUUUAUGUGUUUACCAUUUCUGAAGAAAUGGUCAGGCCUACCUCGAUGCGCAAACUCUGCCAUUCUUUUUAUUGGCAGUCGCAAACGCUUUGGCUUACGCCUCCACUACCUUCCUACGGUGUGGAAAAAGUGCCAGUCCAUCAAAUGGCACAUUCUUCGAUCGAGUGGGGACGCGCGCAUGAGGGCGCUGUACACUCUGCGUCGGAGUAAGGAUGCGAAGCUGACAAAGCGAUAUGCGGCGACAAUAGAGCUGGAGUGUGCAGAGGCAUCAGUAGGUUCAGGGACUCUCCGUCCACCGUCAUCUUCAAGUCAUCGUGCAGGGUUGGGUGCUCCUGCUCCGAAGCAGCAUUCCAAACCCCCGAGGAAGGAUCUCCUUCAAACAUUUGAGGAGAUCAACGCGCAGGAGCAGAUUUUGAGGCUGAAGACUCUUCAGGUGCAAGGCAAGUGGUUGGAGUGGACAUCGGUGAUGUGGCAGGACCUCUCGUGGAAAUCCCUUUUGUACGGUGGUACUGGUAAGGAUUUGAAAUUUCUUCUCGCAUCAACCCUCGACGUGCUACCUUCUCCGACGAACCUACGCCGUUGGGGAAACACCGUAGUGGAUCCGUACUGUAGUUUGUGCCGUACCUGGGCCUGUACUACGCGCCACGUGCUUGGCGCUUGUCGCGUAGCGCUGGACCAGGGACGUUACACCUGGAGGCACGACAACGUACUCGGGGUCAUCGUCAGGAACAUGCGUGAGGAGAUUCGAAUCCGCACUGCUGCAAACACCGUACAAACCGAAAAUUCAAAUGAGCUUGACUUCAUCUCGUUUUGCAAGGCGGGAGAGAAGCCAGUUCGCGUUCAGCCCAGACGAAAGUUGGUUACGACUGAUCUCCUGUCAGCGGCCUCAGACUGGAAACUUCUUGUCGACUCAGUUAGUGCAAAGAUUUCUUUCCCUAGCUGUGUUGCACUUACCACCCUAAGACCAGAUAUAGUUCUGUACUCUACGAGUCGUAGGAUUGUAUUCUGGAUGGAGUUGACAGUUUGUGCUGAGGACAGAUUCAGUGUCAGUAACUCGCGGAAGGACAGGCGGUAUGCGGAUCUGGCCGAUCAAUGCCGAGCAAACGGGUGGCAGGUCGUUUCUUUUUCGGUUGAGUAAGACGUCUCUGCGAAGCAGCUACAUCAUCUGGUUGCGGCGUCAACAAAAACACUGGUCGGAAGAUCCACUUUUCUGAGGU